AUGAAUAAGAUAUUUGGUAUUGGAAAUGAUAUUGUAAAGAUAUCAAGAUUAGAAUCAUCAUUUAAAAGACAUGGUGAUAAAUUUUUAAAAAGAGCAUUUAAUGAAGUUGAAAUAUCAAUAUUUAAAUCACUAAAUCCAACAGCAUCAAUAACAGAAAGUAUUGAUGAUAACGAUAAUAGUGAAUUAAAUAAUAAUAAUAAUAAUAAUAAUAAUAAUAAUAAUAAUAAUAAUAAUAGAGGAUUUGAAUAUUUAGCAGGUAGAUGGGCAGCAAAGGAAUCAAUUUAUAAAGCAAUUGGAAAUCAAGAUCGUUCAAAAUUAAAUUUUCAAAAUAUUCAAAUUUUAAAUGAAUCAAAUGGACGUCCAUAUGUAAAUUUAUUAGAAACAACUGAAUCAUAUUUCAAAGAAUUGGGUAUUAAUAAAAUUCAUCUAGCAAUUUCUCAUGAUACUGAUUAUGCAAUUUCAAAUGUAAUCUUAGAAUCAAAUGAAUCAACUAAAAAUUAA